UGAAGAAGAAGAAGAAAAGCCUUCCAGGAAGUUCACACGAUUGGACUGGAUUUGCAGCAGUUACUGCGAUAUAUUCUGUUAAAAUAUGAAAUAUAUAAAUAUUAAGCCAUACAAUGAUAAGAAGUAACUGGCCUUUAGAAUAGUAUGAAAACUAGGAGUUUGCAUAGUGGACCUCGUUUAAGGAAAUGCCGUUGUUAAUUCAAAAUAGAGCACUUGACCGCAUUACCUCGACAGGGGAGCUGUUCGACAGACAUCCACAUUUAAAGGAAAAUGCAAGAACAUUUCGCUCCCAGCCACUUGUUGAUGUCGACCCAAAGUGCCUCUUGUACGUCCAACAAAGAGAGUUUGCAGCAACAACACCAGCAGACAAAUCUGUUUCAGUAAUCGGAUCUGGUGAUGCCACCACCUGCCAUUUUGUUGUGCUGCGACACACCGGAAGUGGAGCUGUUUGCCUUGCCCACUGCGAUGGUUCCUGCACCUGGUCUGAAAUCCCGCUUAUUGUGAAAGCUGUGACAUCACUGAGUAACGUUAGUAAGGAGGGCAGACUUGAGCUCCUUCUUGCUGGAGGAUUUAACGAUGAGUCAAAAACAUCCCAUAAACUCAGCCUUAACAUACUGGCAGCUUUCCAGAAACAGAAAGAGGAAAUUCAUCUGGAAACAUGCUGCAUCACAGAAAUGAAUGACAUUGUUGUUGAUGGAAAUCAUAGUCCUGUAGUAUAUGGCAUAGGUGUAAAUGUUAAUACAGGGGAUGUGUUUCCUUCGUCAUUUACUCACAAAGGACCAGCAGAGGAGCUGCGGUCAGCAAGGACCUUCACUGGGGGACAGAUGGCAGACAUAUAUGACUCGAGUCAAGGCCUCGUUAAAAUUGGCCCUUGCAGUUGGUCCCCAAAUCUGGAUAUCGGCUUCUGGUUGUCACAAGAGGAUGACACUAUUUUGAAGUACAUGUCCACCUCUCCGCUGGCUGAGCCGCCUCACUUCGUCCAGCACAUGAAGACCACCAUCCAGUUCCUCCUAGAACACCCCAGCUCUGACAGCCUGUUCCCCGGGGGGCAGCCGCAGCUCUACCACAGGUCGGAGAGGGGGGACUGGGAGAGGGCUGCGUAGUCAUAGAGCCUGCCUCCCACUGGACCUUAACAUUCAACCUGUUUUUGCCUCUCAGCUCAAUGGAUACACUAUGACCCAUCCACCUGCUGUCCUUUUUUUGUUCAUCGUGUCUUAUCAUGGAGGUAUCCCCCCCCCCCCCCCCCCCCCCGCGCUGUAUGUCUCAUCUGGCUGGUCCAGUAGAGAGAGCAGACGAGUACAAGUGAAGCUGUUCAUGCCUGUAACAUUUAAUUUGUUCCCACUCCUAAGAUGUAAAGUCUGCAACUUGCAUAACACCUGCUGUUGCAGUAAGUUAAUGCCCCACUAUGCUUGACUGUUUAGAUUAUCAAAGGAAAUAAUUAACAAUCCUGUCAUAUGCCCAGUAGUUAGGGUCUGAGACCGCGAGCGAUUACAAUAGUUAUCAUUUGGUUUUAAGCCCAAAAACGAUGGUUGCAUUUUUUCCAAAGCAUUCUCUUAUCUAUUCAUUUCCUGCUCUGCAUGUUGGGGAUAUCAUUUGACAGUUUAUAGACAUUAAGAAUUCCGACUUCAUUUAAUUGCCUUUUAUAUUUUUGUCAUUGAGUUGAUGUUUUCAGUUACUCUGUAAGGUGUGUUUAACUAAAGCUAGUGUUAAAGGUGGGGUAGGUAAGUUUGAGAAACCGGCUCGAGAUACACUUUUUGUUAUAUUCCAUGGAAUGCUCUUAACAUCCCGAUAGCAAUGAAUAUCUUAAGUGCUUUGACAAAAAAUCCAUAAAAAAAAUGUCAUCUGUGGAAGCCGUAAUACUGUAAAAAGUACGACCAAUCAUUUUAGCCGGCCCGGCUAAAAUAACUGGAUGGCCUACCUGCCUGUCAGCCUUCCAUCUGUGCACAAACUUAUCUCGUGCCCUCAUUGGUCAUGUGCGCGUUCGUGUGUGUUGGAGGAGGGGCUCUAUAAGGAAGUGGCAGAUUUUCUCCGGUUGUGUAUUUUCAAAUUCUAGCGAUCUCGAUCCGGUUUCUCAAACUACCUUUAAGUCAAUUUCUGAGAGAUAUAAUAUCAGUCUAAAACAUACAUAUGAUUUGCAACUGCAUGCAUGUUGUGUGUUUAGUGGGGCUAAACGUGUAAAAUAUGUACAAUUUAAAAAAAGAAAAAAAAAAAGAAGCCCAACCUACUUUUUGAGGAAAACUACAAGUGGGGAACUUGCUGCAACAAAAAUUAAGAAUACAUUUAUUUUUAGCAUUUUGUCUAAAACAUUGAGGAUAAUAUGUAUUGCUAUGCCUUCCACUAAAAACGCAACUUCCUGGGGGGAACGAAAUAUAAUAUUUCCUCAUAUACUGCUGUAUACUUUGCCAUGAAUGUGUGUGUUUUAGGAACUUGCAUGCGUAAAUGUGUAUAGCUAUAUGGAUCCUUGUCAAACGCAACAGAAUAUGAUUUUACUAGAUGUGUUUUUUGAGAUUGUUGAAAUGAAAUCAACACCAUAUACUGUAUAAGGCCUUUUCCUCAGCUGUGUUAUUCAGAAGGUUGACAGGUGCUUAAAGCAUUCAGUGCAACUUCGUGCAACUUCAUGCAACUUGUGAACAUAAUGUACCUGUUGCUAAAUAAAUGUUAACACGUCCAAUCUA